AUGGAGCGGCCGGGCCGGCAGCGCAAGAUCAGUGAGCUGCAACACAAUCACGAAGUAGAGAAGCACUUGAAGAUGGCCAGCAACAAGCCUAUACCGACCGUCGAGUUACCCAUGCUCAAGGCCGACACGCUAGCGGUGGGGAUCGACGCGCCACCCGAGAGGGUGUUCGCCUUCGCACACCGCACCGAGAACCUCUGCAAGUGGAACAGGGACGCCUUUUGUCUCGAUCUGCAAAAGAACCACGACGAAGCAGACCGUGUUCGCUACCACCACCGCGUGGACACCCCCUGCGGUCCCGCCAAGAUGACGAUGGCCAGCAACGAGGAGCUGGGCGUCAUCGACCGCUACCUGGCGUGGGGUGCCGACGGGCGAGAGGUCGUCCUGCCCUCGCGUGUGGACUGGUUGUCGCUGUGGAAGACCGACCUCUUCCUCCUCAAGUCCAUCGUCGAGGAGGACAGGGCGACCUGCCCACCGGCAGCUCUGGCACUGCUCUGCCCCAAGACCACGUGUUGCCCGCAGGAAAAUAAUAAAUAA